AUGGAUCCACCACCGUCAAUAUCUCCCAAACGCAAGCAAAUGCCUAUGGCCAACAUCUUUGCCGCAAGGACACCUGCCCCUCCAUCUUCUGCAAUACCCUCGUCCUCACCCGCAUUCGGUACCCCAGUCCAUCCUUUGAAGCCUUUCAAAGUUUCAGCGCCGACGAAACAUGCGAUCCUCCCCAUCAUUCUACCCCCGGCCACACUGCGACCACUGGCAUUCCGAACUUUCACAAAGAAACACAGUCUGACCCUUGCCUCCUCCGCCCUACAAGAACUGGCUACGUUUAUCGGCCGGCAUUGCGGUUCCGCAUGGCGAGAGGAGGGACUCGCAGAGAAGGUCCUGGAGGAGGUGGCAAAGUCAUGGAAAAGCCGCAACGGUGGAGUUAUCGUUGAUGGCGCAAGCCCGGAGCUCAAGGAUAUUCUGAAAAACUUGGAGGGAAACAUGAGCGGGGGCAAAAUUGUGGCCGGCGCCAGAGGCUUGAGUCGACAGAAUAGUCUUCUGAUCGAACCAGGGCAAGAUGCGGACAUGUCAAAUGCGAGAUUGGGUUUGCGGCCGGCACAGGCGUCACUGGCUCGAGAGGACAGCCAACAGAGCUUUGGCAUGUCUAGUUUGGGCGUUGAGGAAGAAGAGGACGACGAGAAUAUCAAGGAUCCGCGGAAGUGGUUCAACGUUAUUGAUGCGUAUGACCAGCCAAGGUACUCUUACAACGUUGCCAAGAAGCACUUCGAGAGCCAUCACAUGCUUUUGGGCAUGUUGAAUGUGCUGCCUGCGGGAGGUCUCGCGAUUAGCGACCUGACUGCUACUAUUGCUCUAGAUGUGUCCCAAGCUGUCGCAAUUCCCGAAGAUUCAGCCUGGUUCGCCCCUGGAAUGAUUGUGCUCGUGGACGGUGUGUACGAGGAAGAAGAGGAGUCCGUCGGCAAGGGACUGAGUGGUAGCAGCGGUGUCGGAGGAACACUAGGCGGCAGGUUCCAAGGUUUCUUCAUUGGUCAACCACCAUGCGAGAAAAGGAGAGCCACAUUAGGAGUCAGCGGUCCCGAUGGCGGUCAAGAUCACACCAUAGGAGGUGGAUUCGGCUGGAUCGAUUUCCUCGGCGUCGGAAGCGAACGAGCCGUCGGAUCCAAGAUGCGGAAGCUCGAGCAGCGGCUACUGCCCCGCCACUCUGCUGAGGAGGUGCCCAGUAGGGGCCGGAUGGUGAUCAUUGGCGAGUUGAACCUCGACCAACCACGAACGUUGCAAGCCUUGCGGAGGAUACUCGCGAUAUACGCAGCUGAGCCCGAAGGCUCAAGCCCCAUGACUUUCGUUGUCACGGGUAAUUUCACUCAGCAUGCUGUCCUUGCCAGGGGUGGCAGCGGCGGCAGCAUCGAGUACAAAGAAUACUUUGACGCCUUGGCCUCGGCCCUAUCCGACUACCCCACGCUCCUCCAAACGUCCACCUUUGUGUUCGUCCCAGGAGACAAUGAUGGUUGGAUCUCAUCGUUCACCGCCGGCGCUGCGACACCGCUGCCCCGAAAAGGAGCACCGGACGUCUUCACAUCACGCAUUAGACGUGUCUUCGCGGCGGCAAAUGCAGAGCUUGGGGCCAAGAGCGAUGGCGAGGCCAUCUGGACAUCAAACCCGAGUCGUCUGACACUUUUUGGUCCGAAUCACGAAGUUGUCGUCUUCCGAGACGACAUCUCAGCCCGCCUCCGCCGCACGGCAGUCCGCCUGAAGUCAUCGAAACAAAAUGCGGGCGAGGAUGAGGAGAACCAGCCUCCCGAGACCGGAAGCGGAGCAGACGACGUCGAUAUGGCAGGGAAUGACCAGGUCGCACCAGAGGAGGCUAUGGAUCUUGAUAAUCCCAGCGAGAAGCCCGCUGUCAAAGAGGUUAACUCGAGCCUGCCUCAAGACAUCCACACGGCGAGGAAGCUCGUCAAGACAAUCUUGGACCAGGGGUAUCUGUCGCCUUUCCGUCAAGCGACCCGCCCAGUACAUUGGGAUUAUGCGACAGCUCUGCACCUUUACCCUUUGCCAACAUCAAUGGUCCUCGUAGACACGACGGCGCCGCCGUUUUGUGUGACGUAUGAGGGUUGUCAUGUCAUGAACCCAGGCAGCAUUCUUGUGCCUGGACGGACGCGGGUCAGUCGCUGGAUAGAGUACGAGAUUGGGAAGAUUGGCAAGUUACGGGAGACGACGUUUUGA